GACCAGCUGGAGGACCGGUUCCUGGCGCCCCCUCUCCAUGGCCAAGGGACUGGCACCGGAGGCCUUGGGAGCAGGGGGGCGGGAGAAGGAACACAGGGAUAGUCUGGGGUGACCUAACUCCCCCCCAGGGCAACGGGCUGGGGCAGAGGCGGUGUCGGGAGAAGGCGGGAAGCUGCAGGUCCCGCCCCAGAGGAGACUUCCUAGUGGGCGGAUACCCCGGUGAGUCGCAGCUGCGGCGGCGGGGGACCCCGGCGCCAUGGCGGGCAGGCGGGACGCCAUCCUGGAUGCGCUGGAGGAGCUGACCGCUGAUGAGCUCAAGAAGUUCAAGAUGAAGCUGCUCUCCGUGCCCCUGCGCGACGGCUACGGGCGCAUCCCGCGGGGGGCACUGCUGCCCAUGGACGCCGUGGACCUGACCGACAAGCUCGUCAGCUGCUACCUGGAGGCCUACGCCGCCCAGCUCACGGCCCAGGUGCUGCGCGACAUGGGCAUGCAGGACACCGCGGAGCGGCUGCAGGCCCCGGCCCGGGCCCCGGCCCCGCACUUUGUGGACCGGCACCGGGAGGCCCUCAUUCAGCGGGUCACAGACGUGAACGGCGUGCUGGAUGCUCUGUACGGGAGCAUCCUGAGGGAGGAGCAGUACCAGGCAGUGCGGGCAGAGGCCACCAAUCCAGACAAGAUGCGGAAGCUCUUCGGCUAUGCUCCAGCCUGGAACCGGGCCUGCAAAGAUCGGCUCCUUCAGGCCUUGAGGGACACCCAACCCUACUUGGUGGACGACCUGGAAAGGAGCUGAGGCAGCAGCUGGAACUACCAGGGGUUGGACGUGCAGAAUGAGUGAUUUUUUAAAUAAAAAGUCCGCUUGUA